AUGGUUGAGUACAAGCCUAUAUCUUUCUGGACAAAUCAGAGACACCAUCGACAGCGACCUGCGAUGGCAUCCCUGUGGACGCGCGCGGCGGCGCCUCUGUCGCGCACCCAGCACACCCGCGUCCGACGGACAGCUCGCGGAUGCGCUUCUGGUGCCGAACACCAGAGGCCGGUGUUCAUGGCAACCACCGCAGAGGCAGCGGCGGCCUUGGCUUCAGAUAUAACACCCGAGGACUUUGCAGGCUAUGAGUGUUUGCUGUGCCAACGCCGGGGUGCUCUCGUGGUCUGCAGCAACGCAGAGCGGUACACUUGUCGUGCUUGCGUCUGCAGGGCCUGCUUCCGACGCUGGGGCUGGUCGUGGGAGCGCUACACAAGCGCCUCGGUUGACGUACCCUUUCUCUGUCCGAGAUGUUUGGUGAGCGAGCCCAUUCUAAGCUUCGAGACUGGAAUGCUAGAGGAGGAGGAGGAGGAGGCGUCGCCACGCGCGUCAGAAGUUAGCGACACACCAACGUUGAGGGAGAAACUAAGCAUGGUACAAGCGUUCUACGCGUGCAGCCGCAGCCCUCUUUUCCGCAGCGAGGACACGUACCGGAACGGUCGACGCCGUCCUGGGACCAAGUUCGGCACCACAGCAUCCGAAACGCUCUCUGGCGUGAAGCGCUCGCCGAAUCGAGUCUGCGUCUGGCGGCGGCUCGACGCUGCACCCGUCGCACGCUACACAUCGGAUGGGCGCGAGUUCUUCUGUAGACUCGGGGAUGGGACGCAUAGUCAUCAUCCGCUUUUAUGGUGCAGUGCAUGUCCGGCAGCGUAUCAUGCGCCGAGUUGUCUCAGCGCCGCCGCUGCUGCUGCUGCUGCUGCUACAUCAGUUACAACGACAAGUCUGACAUCGGAUGAGCAGGAGCAGCAGAACGUUGCGACGACACCACGCACUGGUGUCGACGCAGACCGGCAAACAUUCUGGCUCUGUCCGUUUUGCCGUCGCCAGCGUCUACCAUGGUGGCAGAACAGCUCAGAAUCAGCACCCGGUACCGUGCUGCAGAAACGACAUCGACACCAGCGGGUGCAGCAGCGACUGCGACAACCAGCGGCGCUGCUGGAGGCACUCGCGCGCUAUUGUCGCAGAACCUGGCCGCCGCGUGUCUUCAGCGGACCCCGGUUCGUAGUGCUCUCUCUCUUUGACGGUUUGGCAUCUGCGCGUCACGCGCUGGCCUUGCUGCAGAUACCACCGACGCUCAUCCGGUACUACGCUUCCGAGAUCGAUCGAGACGCACUGGCUGUGGCACAGUCGCAGUACCCGGACGUGCUUCAGCUGGGGCCAGUCGAGCACCUGGCCGCCUUUGACGACAUUCCCGAGCAGAUCGAUCUGCUGAUCGGCGGCUCACCGUGUACUUCCUUGAGCGGCCUCGGGAAGCGCAAAGGACUGUAUCACGGCACAUCGGCACUGUUUUUCGAGUUCCUGCGCAUCAAACGCGUCAUGAAACCGCGUUUUUACCUGUUCGAAAAUGUAGCGUCCAUGCGUUGUGCCGACAAGCGUCGCAUUCACCAGCUGCUGAACGCGAGCAGACUCAACGAAGCAAGCACAAGUGCCGACCAACGAAAAAACAGUGUCCUGGUCGAGUUGGAUGCAGCCCGUGUGACCGCGAGCCUGCGUCGACGCCUCUAUGUGGCGAACUUCCCGUUGCCCGCGACGGAUGCCGCGCUCCCCGAUUGGAACCUGCGUCUCCAAGACGUUCUAGAUCGCGACGGUAGUAUUGCCGAGUCGGCCAAGGCGUUCUGUAUCACGACGAAUAACAUGCAGGGUCGUCCAGGAGAUUCCCGUUUCAAUGUGAUUGCAAUGCCGGAGCAGGGCGUGCGACGCGGAGUGCGCAUCCACGAAGCCGAAAAAUGUCUCGGCUUUCCGGCAGGCUACACAGCGGUGUUGGCAAAGCGAUCCGAGGGAGCAAUGCCCCGACGCUGGCGACUCUUGGGGAAUGCGUUUGCACCACCGUUGAUUGCGCUGCUUUUGAGGCCGCUGCUAGAGCACAGCGUGAUCGGCGCGUAUCUGGAGCGAGCUGCGGUGCUCCCGCACCUCGAAGCGGCCUGUCGGGAGCAACUCCGGGGUGAUCGCCCGGAGGCGAACACGCUUGUGCUCGUGAAGGUUAUGCUCCAGAGGCCAUCGCAUGCCCAGCUCACUGGAGACGAUGAGGGCACGGUGUCUUGCGAGUCGCGUAUGCGCUCCGUGGCGGGCGCUCAGCGCACCAACAGCGAUACCUGUCUUGUUCGGGGGAGCACGAGAUAG